CCAGUUAAAGGCCCAAACAGUCCAGGGAGAGUAGCUGAGGCUCAACCAAGUGCCGCAGGUCCAACUACUCUCGCGCCAAAUCCUCUUCUUCCACCCAAAACACAAACCCAACAACUCCUCUAGCUCUACUCCCUGCUCUCCGCUGCAUAUACACCUCCUCUGCAGCUCUGCUCUUCUCCGAACCAACCAACCAGCAAUGGCGUCCCCCUUCCCGUCGCUGGCCAGCCUCCUAGCCCCCCGCCCGGUGCUCCUCUACGCGGCCACGUGGACCGCGGUGGCCACCAUGGCCGUGGCCGUGGCGGCAUUCGCACCGGAGCUCGCCUUUGUCUGGGGCGUCGCGCCGGGGGCGCCGCUCACCGCAGCGUGCCCCAUGGACGAUGGCGGCGGAAGCAUCGGGCUGCCGCUCGACGGGCCGCCAUGGGACGCCGUCUGCGUGCCCGCGGCCCUCUUCGGCCGGGCCAUCCCGGAUGUGCUGGUCCCGCUCGUCUUCGCCAUCACUGUCGUUGCCAGCGCCCUCGGCUUCACCACCGCCGUUGGUGUCUGGGAGGAGGACGACGAAGACGAUCAAGAAGGCCAUGCUGGACAAGUCUAGCCUAUGAAUGAUAACAUCGUGUACGAUCUUCUUUUUCUCGGUCUCUGAUGUAUGUUUUCAGUGGCAAAAAUACAAAGGUUUCUGAAAGUUGAAGAAAUACUAGUUUCAGCAUCUAGUUUUGAUCGAGAACAGGCUGGCAAAUAUAUGUAUUGGAGAAACAGUACUGUAUAUAUUAACAAGAGCACAGAUGGUUGAUCUUA